AUGAACGGCGUCCCGACGUUGAGGAACUUGGAGAGGACGAGGAGGGAGACCGCGCCGACGACGCGCGCGCGGUGCUCGGGUUCGCCCUCGGGCCAGACGUACGGGAGCACCGAUCGGAUGAUCUUCCAGUCGACGUCCUUCUCCGCCUCCGCGACCGCGGCUCUCGCGCCCGCGACCGCGGCGGCGGACGGCGGCGGCGGCGUCGUCGACGUCGUCUUCGCGGCGUCGUCGUUCGCGGCGCUCGCCGCGGAGGAGGACGACAGGAGGCGGCGUCGGAGACGCGAGCGGUCGAACGACGACGGAGACGCGUUCGAGGACGCGCGACGAAGGCGGCGACUCGACGCCGACGCCGACGGCGACGGCGACGGCGCGCGCGACGCCGCGCGCGACGCGCCGCUCGACUCGAGCGCGAGGAGUCGACGCAGAGGGCUCGUCUCGGCCGCGACCGCCCAUCGCUGGUGCGCGGAGGAGAACCCGCGACGCGUCGUCGACGAAAAAACAGCAUCGAUCGCGGCCGCCGAGGAGGACGUGGACGCGCUCGCCGCCGCGGCCGAAGACGCCGCGAUCGCGGCGGCGCGGCGGCCGAUUUCCCGCGCGGACAUCCUCCGCGCGCGCGUCGGCGGGCCCAGUGAAGAGGGACGCGCGUCCGGAGCUCUGGAGGCGGCUCUGGCGCCGGCGGCAGUGCAGAGGCGGGAAACAACAACAUCGAUCCGACGAAAAAACACCAUCGGAAUAAACGCAUCGCUUCGCUUCGUCGACGGACGCGGGGAACGCACACCGCAUGGCGCCGGCGAAGGACGCCGCGGCGUCGCUGGACCUCCUCACGAGGUCCGCGAGCGCGUCCGCGCCCGCGAACGGAGGAGGAGGCGAGCGCGAGCGGACGCGCGAGGAGGGCGAAGACGACGGACGACGACGAGGGCGAGGGAGGUCGUCGAGAUCUGA